AUGAGAAUUUCUCACCUCUCGUGUCUCCUUGGCUGUGUCGGCCUAUGUGCAGCUUCUCUAGCGCGUACGGAAAGAAGCUUCCACACCAAUAUCAAGAGGGCCAACUCGUCGGCCGGCGCCAUGUUCCAGCUCAGCUCCGACUCCGACUUCCACUUUGAGAUCCUCCGCACGAUGUCCCUCUCACCGUACGAAGGUGCUGACAUUGGUGACGUUCUCAUUGCAGCCAACGAGAUCAAGCCUGGAGAUUUCGAAAGUUACUAUGCUGCCUUUAAUAAGCUUGCCGUCCGCGUCCACAAGGCGGCCAAAGAUAUUGACUCUCGCAAACACCCCGUCUCUGCACGGAACGCCCUCUUCAAGGCAGCGAGCUACUACCGUUCUGCCGAUUUCUUCCUCCACGGCAACUGGAACGAUCCUCGGAUCAACUCGCUCUGGGCGAAGCAGCUUGCUGCAUUCGACGACGCCAUGGCAUUGUUGCCAGUCCCUGGCGAGCGUAUCAACUUGCACGCCAAGGAUGACAAUUUCACCACCCCUGCCAUUUUCUUUGGCAGCGGCUUACCAGGCCCCCGUCCAACCAUUAUCAUGUGCAACGGCUAUGACGGUUCGCAGGAGGAGAUGUAUCACAUGGUGGGCCAGGCAGCGAUACAGCGUGGGAUGAAUGUCAUUACAUACGAGGGGCCAGGGCAGCCGACGGUUCGACGCGAGCAGAACCUCGGCUUCAUUCCGCAGUGGGAGAGGGUCGUGACACCUGUCGUCGACUACGCCCUCACACGCCCUGAGGUCGAUGCCGACGGUAUCGGCCUCAUGGGCUACUCGUUCGGUGGCUUCCUCGCGCCCCGGGCCGCCGCCUUUGAGGACCGUAUCGCCGCUGUGUUCGCCAUUGACGGCAUCUACGACUUUGGCCAGUCUAUCAUGGACAGCUUCCCCACGCAGCUCAUAAAGAUAUUCAAAUCCGGCAACGCGCCGCUCUUCAAUUCCAUCAUCGACAAGGCUGUUGCCGAUCCUUCGGCAUCGACGGCGAGGCGAUGGGGCGUACAGCAGGGCAUGUGGUCGUUUGACGUCAAGACGCCGUUUGAAUGGAUGUCAAGGGCGGAGGCGUAUAACCUGACAGGCUUGACGCAGAACAUCAAGGCGCCUGUAUUUGUAGCAGAUGCACAAAACGACCAAUUCUUCCCGGGCCAGGGUAAGAUUCUUGCGGAUAAGCUUGGGAGCCGUGCUACAUACCAUUACUUCAAGACUAUUGAUGGCGCUGGGGAGCAUUGCUCGGUAGGCGCGAGCGUAAUGGGGAACCAGGUGUCGCUCGACUGGUUCGAGGAUAUUUUGUCCAGAGGAAGAGAUUACUCCUAG